AUGGCAUCUAAUUUUUGGUGGUCCUCAUCUUCUUUGGACGAAGAGGAGAUGUUUUUCGCAAACGCUGUGGUAAAGGCGUUGCAGAUUCUUUUGGAGGAAGAGGAAGAUGGCUCGUCUGAAAACGUUAUUACCAGACGAAUACGGAUUAACAGAGACCGCGAAGGAGCGCACGAGAAAUUGGUGAACGAUUAUUUUUCGGAUGCACCCCUUUACAAUGCCGACAUUUUCAAACGAAGGUUCCGAAUGAGUCGCCGGUUAUUCACACGGAUUGCUGAUGAUUUGGCGGGGCUAGACCCGUUUUUCACACAACGACCCGAUGCUCGGAAUUAUGAAGGGUUCACCACGUUACAAAAGUGUACUGCGGCCAUUCGCCAACUGGCGUACGGGACAGUGGCCGACGAUUUGGACGAGUACUUACAGAUGUCGGCAAGAACUUCGCGGGAAUCUCAUGAAGCAAGGCACGGGUUUCCGGGAAUGCUUGGUAGCAUUGAUUGUAUGCAUUGGGGGUGGCAUAAUUGCCCGACUGCGUGGCGAGGCCAAUACACGCGAGGUGAUCACGGCCAUCCAACCUUAAUACUUGAGGACGUGGCGUCACAAGAUUUGUGGAUCUGGCAUUCUUUCUUUGGGCUCCCUGGUUCACUCAACGACCUCAACGUGUUAUACCAAUCGACGAUCUUUAGCGAUGUCGUUAAUGGAAUCGGUCCGGACACCCGUUUUACAGUUCCAGGGGUUGAGUAUAGACGCGGGUAUUAUCUUGUAGACGAAAUAUAUCCUUCUUGGGCUACAAUUGUCAAGACUAUUUCAUUUCCCGAUGACGAAAAAAGGAAAAAAUUCGCCAACCGUCAAGAAGCUGCAAGAAAAGACAUCAAACGUGCUUUUGACGAAGGUCGGGCGAUUUGUGAGUAUGAUGAGAAUGCAUCUUACGGGAAUACUGUCCCGGUAGAUCCGACGCAACAGGAUUUAAACUCUUUCGCGCUAACCAACGACUUCACGCAUGCAAACCUUCAAGAGGAUUUGGUAGAACAUGUAUGGAACAACGUAAACGUCGGGGAUGGUGACGGAGACGAAGACGAGUAG